UUUUACUGAAAUUGAGCGCAGGGUGUUUAUCACACUGUAAGUUUUUAUUUUAAUCCACCUAGUUCAAAUUCAUUAUGAGUGUGAGUCCAGAUACAGCAGAGAGGUUCUGUUUACUGUUCGUCAUCACAUCAUUGUCAACCCCUUUCCCUGCUUGGACUGCUCCAGUGUGCGUCUGAAAAAAUCUGAUAGUUGGGGAAGAGUUCUUCAUGUCAGGGACUGCUUAGCCUCAGCACACAGAGCACUGCAGCUCCUGGAUCACCUAAGCAGAUAUCAAAUGGAUCAGAAAGAGCUGAGUGAUCCGCUCAACAACGUUUCUUUGAUCAAAGAUGAUCUGACCAAGUCCAACAUGGGUUCUUCUGGUGAAUCUGAGAAAUUGAUUCAGCGCCUGAAUGAUGAACUUCGAGAGGCUCGGGAGCUAGCUAAUACAGAGAAGCAGAAAUACAUCGAGCUACAAGGUGUUCUGGAAGAAGAGAGGAGAGAGCAUAAGCAACAGGCUGACCAAUCUUCAAAACAAAAUAAACUUCUUCAAGGCCAGCUCCAGCAGCUUCAAGAUGAGGUGGAUAUUCUCAGGGAGCAGAUGAAUGUCUCCUCUGGUUCACGUGAGGACCUACAAAGAGCAGAAGAUGAGGUGAAGUCUCUGAAACGGGCCCUGGAGUCUGCUUCUGCAGAACGGGACCGUGACGUUGCAGCAGUCCAGUCUAACCUGGCUACUGCUUCCAAGGACCUGGACAAGUGGCGCCAGACUGCCAGCAAAUACGAGCGGGAGAUGGAGGGCCUGCGACGUGAUCUGGAGCAGCAGAGCAAGCAGUGGCAGAAGACGGCCGAAAUACAAGCCAGUGAGCUCCAGUCUAUGCAGGUAGAGUGUAACGGUCUCCAGAAAGAGUGCUCCAUCCUGCGAUCCGACAAACAGGACAUGGUGAAUAAGCAUCAGAAAGAAAAAAACAGCUUGCAAAGCGAAUGUGCUUCACUCAGGGCAGAGAGGGAGGAACUCCUCAAGGCUCACCAGAAAGAAAGGGCCAGUGUGCAGAGUCAAUGUGCAGCACUGCACAGUGAAAAAGAGGCAUUGCUGCAGAAACAGCUGCAGCUGGAGCAGGAUCUUGUCAGUUUGCGUGGUCAGAACACUGACCUGAACAGCAAACUUAAACUCCUGGAGGAAUCCCAACAGGAGCUGCAAAAGAGUCUUGUGGCCCUAAAACUUCAGCACCAACAGGAUAACAGCAAUCUGCAAACCCAGCUGGAUGAGGCAGAAAGCCACUGUAAGACUCUGCAGAAAGAGUAUGAGGAAGCCCAAAUGGAGCUGUCUGGAUUAAAGGAGAGAUAUGAGAAGACUGAGCAGGAGAAACAGGUGCUUACAGAUCAACUGGAGGAAUUCAAAGCCAACAUGAAGGAUUUAGAGGAGAGAGGGUCAAAGACACCCCUUUUGCUGCCUGUUCAAGCCAUAGUCAUCGGCCUUAUCCUGGCUUUGCUGUUUUGGUGCUUCAGCGCAAUGUGGUAGUAAGAAGCCGUGGAUGCUCUGGGGGCCUGCGGUUGCCGUGGCUCUUACAGCUGUGACUGCCGCACUGCUCUUCAGAACCUGAGGGCAGACUUAUUAAAGCAAGCACACACAGAAGUUUAUCCUUGAUUUGUGCAGAACCAGCCCCCUAUACAUAUCUGUUAUAGUAAUCAGAUGGGCUCAUAUUUGUUUAUUUCAUAAGAUGCUCUAUUUGAGUUGGCAGAGAUGUUUCUAAAAGAAUGUGAGUUUGUAUGUCUGUUAUUUGAUGGGAGUUUAGUUGGCCUAUGUAAAGUAUCCUGACCCAUAGGAUUAUCUGUUAAUGAAUGUAAAAACUUAAACACAUUUAUCUAAUUCUAUUUAGGUAUAUUUAAUUAUAUUUAAGGUGUAUCACUUGGAGUUUCUCUGCUCAAGGCACAUUUUGGUAAGUGUUAGAAUAAUAAAGUGGUCACAAUAACAGUCCCUAAUAGAGUGCAUACUGACUAAAACAGAUUGAAGUGUAUGUUUGUUGAGGGUGUGGAGGGAUAACUUUGUGUUUGCAUAACUGGAGGCACAGUUUUUGUGAACCUUAUUGGUUUCAUUUCCUUUUGUUUUCUCAUAAGGGCAUCAAUAAACACAAAUGCAGCAACUUAA